AGGAGGAGGAGGAGGAGGAGGAAGCAGGUUACCUCUGAAUGAACCUUGUGGAGAAGACCCCGUGAGAGCUUUGCCCCACGGAUUCUGCCUUCAGACGGAAGAGAAGAGCCAUUGCGCUGGCAAGAACAAGGAAGAAGUCGGAGAAAGACAUAUCACAGGCAACAUAGCUGGAGGAAAGUGAGGAUUGUGCUGUUAAAAGAAGGGCUUGGGAAAGAGACCAGAAGCCUACGGCAAUACAAAGACCAAGGAAAUCCUGUCCUGUUAAGGAGUUCAUAUCUGUGACCUUCUGGCAUAAUAUUUGAACCAUAUAUUUAAAAAAUGGAAAAUCUCAAUCCCUGUUCCACAUCACAAACAGGGGAGAAGCCACAUAAGUGCAUGGACUGUGGGAAAUGUUUCACAGGGAAAAGUUCUCUUACUAAACAUCAACAAAUCCACACAGGAGAGAAACCGUAUACAUGCACGGAAUGUGGAAAGGGCUUCAAGCAGAGUGGAGAUCUCAAUCGCCAUCAAAGGACCCACACGGGGGAGAAGCCAUAUACGUGCAAGGAAUGUGGAAAGAGCUUCAGUCAGAGUGGAGAACUGUCUUCCCACCAAAGGACCCACACGGGGGAGAAGCCACAUCAGUGCGCGGAAUGUGGAAAGAGCUUCACCCGGAGUGGAGAUCUCCAUCGCCAUAAAAGGCUCCACACAGGGGAGAAGCCAUAUAAAUGCAUGGAAUGCGGAAAGAGCUUCAAUCAGAGUGGAGAACUGUGUUCCCACCAAAGGACGCACACAGGGGAGAAACCUUAUCAAUGCAUGGAAUGUGGGAAGAGUUUCAGUCGGAGUGACAGUCUGCGUUCCCAUCAAAGGACCCACACGGAGAAGCCACAUCAGUGCCUGGAAUGUGGAAAGAUCUUCAGUCUGAGUGAACACCUGCAAUCUCAUCAAUGGACCCAUGCAGCAGAGAAGCCACAUCCGUGCAUGGAAUGUGGAAAGAGCUUCAGCCAGAGUGCAGAACUGCGCUCCCACCAAAUGACCCACACAGGGGAGAGGCCGCAUCAAUGCACGGAAUGUGGAAAGAGCUUCAUUCGGAGUGGAGAUCUGCGUCGCCAUCAAAGGACCCACACAGGGGAGAAGCCACAUCAAUGCCUGGAAUGUGGAAAGAGCUUCAGUCAGAGUGGACACCUGCAUUCCCACGAAUGGACCCACACGGGUGAGAAGCCAUAUCACUGCAUGGAAUGUGGAAAGAGCUUCAGUCUGAUUGGACGUCUGCGCCGCCAUCAAAGAACCCACACGGAGGAGAAGCCGUAUCAAUGCAUGGAAUGUGGCAAGAGCUUUAGUCAGAGUGAUGAUCUGCUUUCCCACCAAAUCACCCACACGGGGGAGAAGCCGUAUCAAUGUAUGCAGAGUGACAAGAGCUUUAGUCAGAGUGAAGAUCUGCUUUCCCACCAAAUCACCCACACGGAGGAGAAGCCACAUCUAUGCAUGGAGUGUGGCAAGAUCUUUAGUCAGAGUGAAGAUCUGCUUUCCCACCAAAGGACCCACAUGGAAGUAGCCACAUCAGUGCAUGGAAUGUGAAAAGCGCUUCAGUCUGAGUGGAGCUCUGUAUUCCCAUCAAAUGACCCACACAGGCGAAAAGCCAUAUCAAUGCGUGGGAUGUGGAAAGAGCCUCAGUCACAGUGGAGCUCUGGGUCACUAUCAAAGGACCCCACGCGGAUAGAGGAAGAGACCUGCCCUUGCGCUUCCUAGUUCUGCCGAAAAACAUCCCUAGACAUCCCGUGUCCCCUCCCUCCGCAGGCAGGCAGAGAAUGAGAGAAUGGAAGCAAGAGGAAGGCCGCCACCUUGCUCUUUCUCCGCCAUGGACACCAGUCUGCGUGGCUGGCUUGACUGCUGCUGGGGGAAGGUCUCCUCCACAGAGGAGGACUCUUCUCAGUAUUGCAGCCAUUUUGAAGGGGUCAACCCAACCUCUUCCUCCUCAAGGAAAGUAUCACAGACUUCUGGGAUGAUCUGUGAAGGCUCGCUGAAGUGAGAGCAGCUGAGGUCUCACGAUAGAUAACAGGGCUCUUUGGGAGCAGAUACCGGCGUACCUUCGUUCUGCUGUCCUGGAUCUGGACUCUGAUGCCUCGGUUUCCGUUCUGGACCCUGGCCUUUCUCCCGCAACCCUGUUCUGGACUCUGUUGUAUUCUGAUUCAUUGACUCUACAUUCUGGACUGACUUGAUUUAUGUCCUUCCCUAUCCGUCUUGACUUCGGAACUCUGGCCUUGGUUUGAAAUCCUGCAUUUUUGGUGGUUAUUUUAUGAACUCUGAGGGAUGGACUCCUGGCACCUGACGGUUGGACUUGUAAGCUUGGCUGCUGCUUAGCCUUGCUCCAGAUCUGGCCCCGUGUCGUGAUCGUUCACGCCUUGCAACUGUCAGCUCACCAGUCAUGACAUGGAGCACAUGACCAAUGGCCGGUUCGAGGACACUUGAACAGCCAUAAAAGUGAAUGGCCCUGAGAUGUGAGAAGGGGGCUCUGGUACGUGGGGAAGGCCAGGCAUCAGUCACCAUACGUUGUGGGUGAUUUGUGGCAUUGUAGCAAAGGCCCUACUUAUUUGGGGGGCAGUAGUGCGAGGCACUUGUAUGCCGAACAAUAAAGAUGUGUGGUACCUUCA